AUGCAGAGGCCGACCCUCUGCUCUCCUGAGAAUCGAAAGGUGCCGAUGACAGAGGGCGACCCUCUGCUCCACCUCCUUCACACGGAGCCGUGCUUUGAGGCUGUGCUAUCCCGUCGAGCGGACGAGCCGUUCGACGACGACCGCGAGCACCUGCUUGCCGCCGAGCUCCACUUCACGCUGCAGAGCCUGUACGUGCAGGCGCUAAGCAGUCUGCGCACACAGGUCGUAGGUUGCGGCCGCAGCCCGCCGCACAAGGAGAAAUCGCCGGCGGCGGCGGCUUCGCCGGAGUGCACUCCCGGCGAGACCGCCGCACGCGUUGCGGCGAUCAAGGAGAUGCAGCGAUCGCACGCCGCCACAUGCGUUGCGCGGCUGGAGCUCACAUCGCCACCGCCUCGCGUGCUGUCGGUGGCGGCCGCAUACGCGCUCAGCGAGAAGGAGGCCGUCGCGCUGACUCUGCUCGUGUUGCAACGCAGCCACCGCACCGCUCUCUUCAGCGGCUGCCUCGGGUCGGACAGCUUCGAGGCCGACCAGGCGCUGCUUCCGGCGCUGCUCUGCGACGCCAGCUCCCUCGAACUCGCCGCCUUUUACGACGAGGAGCGGCCACACAUCAAGGAGGGCAUCAUUCACGUCGACGAGGACUACUCCUCCCGCCAGACCGCCUCGCUCUCCUUCGAGGCGUGCGACGCCAUCGUCAACGGUCUGCGCGCAGAGGCGAGGCCGGACUCGUACCGGCGGCCGUACCUCGUGCCCGGCAGUACGGGCGGCGUCGAGGGCGAGGCUGCGGCGGCCAGGACCCGAGCCGAGGCCAAGCGGGUGGCCGCGCUCUCCGCCGAGGGCAGGUCUCGCGCCUCGAGCCCUCAGCCGAGUGCUGCCCUACAGGAGCUGGAGUACCUCGACGACCAGUUCGCCACGCUCGUGCAGCGCAUCCAGGUGGCGGCGGAGGUGCAGAAGCGACGCGUCAAGCAGGCCGAGGUCGACGACACCCCCGCGCCGUGGGAGGGCAAGAGCAAGAAGGCGAAGCUGCGCAUCAGCGAGGCGCGGAUCAGCGCACGGCUCGCGUGCGCGGGCAAGCUCGGUGUGCCGCGACUCGAGGCGCUCUGCGCGAGCCUGCAGCUCGACGGCUUUGAGAAGAGUGUGCUGCUCAUCACGUGCGGCUACACCAUCUCGCCGGUCGUCAAGCAGUUGCUGGCUCAGACCUCUGGCUCGCACGCGUACGACAGCGACCGGCUCUCCGUCGGCCGCAUCCUGCAGGUCUUCACGAUGUCGUUCCACGAGCAGGCGCGCUCUACGGAGCGCGUGCUCAUGGCCACCACACGCCUUCGCCACGCGCUCCUUGCCUCUUGCGCGCAGGUCUCGAAGCGGGUCUACUUUUACAAGAGCGCGAGGCUGGUGAAGAAGGGGCUGAUCCGCCUGAACAACGACCGCUACCAAAGCCGCGACGACCUGACCGACAUGCUGGUCAAGCUCGACAGGAGGGUGCUCGACUGCCUGGUCGGCCUCGAGGACGAGUCGACGGAGGUGGCCGAGAGCGCGAGCCUCUACUCGCCGAGCGUCGAGCUCGGCGACGUGGUGCUGCCCGAGGCGGUGCGCACCAAGUUGCUCCGGAUGCUGACCAGCCACGGGCAGCUCAAGGCAUACAAUAAGCGGGUCGGCCUCUCCAAGGACAUCCCGCAGCCCGACGGGCUCGUGCUGCUGCUCUGCGGGCCGAGUGGGAGCGGCAAGACGAUGACGGCCAACGCGGUGGCGCGGCAGAUGGGCAAGAAGGUGCUGCUGGUCAACUUUCCGGUGCUCGCCCAGUCAACCAGGACGGCGGCGUCGACGGCGCAGUCGAUCUUCCGCGAGGCCGAGCUGCAGGGCGCAGUCGUCUUCUUCGACGAGUGCGAGUCGCUCUUCGCCAAGCGCAGCCACGGGGGCUCCUCAGAGAUGACCGAGCUCCUCACCGAGAUUGAGCGCUUCGACGGCGUGUGCUUCCUGGCCACCAACCGGCCGCAGGACUUGGACGAGGCGAUGUUCCGCCGCAUCCGCUGCGUCUUCGAGCUUCCCGCGCCAAAUCACGUCCAGCGGCUGCAGAUUUGGCGGCGGCUGACGCGGGCGGAGGGCAUUGCUCUCGCCGACGGCGUUGAGCUCGCCGAGAUCGCGGCCAAGUUCGAGAUGACGGGCGGGUACAUCCGGAACGCGGUGCUUGCCGCCCUCCUCGCUGCGAUCAGCCGCGAGCCCAGGCAUCCCGCGAUCACGCAGGACGACCUUAUUACUGGCUGUCGCGAGCAAAUGCGCGGCGCCCUGCUGGGCGCGGACCUGGACGCGGGUCACGGCCGCCUGGUCCCUUCCCGGUCGCUCGACGACCUCGUCGUGAAGCCGCCGCUGCUCGGGGCGCUCCGCUCGCUCGUCGCGCUCGAGAGGGCGCGUCUCGUGAUCGCCGGUGGCUUGUGGGGCGACGAUGAGAGCGGCGGCGGGGAGCGCAGCGUGCACACGCCCCGUGGCGGCACCACGGCGCUCUUCUGGGGCCCGCCCGGCUGCGGCAAGCGCGCCGCUGCCGAGGCGCUCGCCUUUGAGCUCGGACGGCCGGUCAAGCUGGUGCAUCUGGCGCAGCUGCUUAGCGGCGAGGCGCGGCGAGGCGCCAAGGCGAACGACGGCGUGGCCUCGCUCUUCCGUGAGGCGAGGCUCGCCGACGCCGUCCUCGUCAUCACUGGCGUCGAUGGCGAGGGUGGCGGGCUGCAGGGCGGCAGCGCCGAGCCCAAGCUGCUCGAGCUGCUGCUCCACGAGACGGCGCGCUAUCCGGGAGUCGUGCUGCUCUGCUGCUCUUCGUAUGACAAGUACGACGCGGUCGUGCACGCCCUCGCCCCAACGCUCCUCGCCGCGAUGCGCGCCGUCGUCCAGUUUGAGCUCCCCGACGAGGCGACCCGCGGGCGGCUGUGGCGCAUGCUGUUGCCGCCCGCUUGCGCCGGCUUGGUUGACUUCGACCUGCUCGCGAAAGAGAGUCACGGGUUCAACGUUGCGCGCAUUGCCAACGCCAUCUAUCACGCGGUCGCCGCGGCCGUGCUCAGCGACCCCGACGCCGCCACUGCCGCCGGCAAGCCGCUUGACCUCGGCAUGAAGCGUCUACAACGGGCCAUCCAGGCUGAACAAGAGAAGGGCCGCGGCACGCGCGACGCUCUGCAGAGGGCGAUGCUUUGUUGA